GAAGAAGUUGUACUCAAUGUACAGGGGUAUAUGUUGAAGGCAAAACUGCCACCUAUAAUGCGUGACAAUGAGUAUGUACCAUAUAACAUGAUUGCUCGGACCAAGCUUGUUCACACUGAGCAAUAUGUCCGCAUUGGAGGGCUUGGCAGUGCACAAUUUGAUCAAAGUGCAGUUGCCAUGAUGAACAUACAUCAGCUCUUUGAAAGCAGGCUGGGCAAGGGAUGUCUGCAAGGCUGGGAUGUCAAACGUGAACAAGGCCACAUUGUCCUGGACUUUCACAACAGAUACCUCACUCCGCGCAGCAGUGCUUCCUCUGCGAGCAUCAUGGAUAUUCCUCAUGACUAUGACCCUCGCCAUAUACUGCGUUCACACAUGACGGAUGAGGUAUUCACCUCUGACAAUGUUGUCCAAUACUAUGAACGUGUACAGGAUGUCAACCGUCAGGCCAAAUACCACUUCAAGACGUCACAUCCUACCUCAGUCAGUGUUGGGCAGAUGGUUGAAGUGCAGUCAUCCUUUGUGGCUGUACCGCGGGGCAAAGACAAGUACAAAUUGAUAUGCAAGCUUCGUUCUAUUUGUGUACUUGACCGCAGCAUUGAGAACGUGAGUCAUGUACAUUGUGGUAUUGAAGGGCACAUAAAAACAAUGACCCACAGGAAUUGA